AUGUCAAUUGCGCUUGGUCGGCGGGUCAAGCUGGUCGUUGGCUUCGCCUGUGAAGUGUUGGCUUAUCGGCUACGUGACGGAGCUCGUUUUGACCACGUGAUGCAACUCGUAAAUGUGCUACAUGGAAGAAAUUGUGUCCUACAUGUUCUCGACGCAGGUGUGCUGGGCGUCGUGGUCACCGAGGUGCGGCUCCUGUCGGACAGCAACAAGACGCAGUACGUGCUUCAGGGCGAGGGCGCCACGCUCCUCUGCUUCUUCGUGCUCUCGCCGGGCGAAGACCUGCGGCGCGUCCUCUGGUUCAAGGACGGCGCCGAGGUCUACGUGUGGCGCAAGGGACGCCGUCCGCUGGCGCGCAACCUGUUCGACAAGCGCGUCGACCUGAGCAACCGAUCGCCGUCGUUCAUCACCAUCCUCAGCGCCGACAUGUCCAUGCAGGGAAACUACACUUGCAGGGUGGAGACGGACGCGGGCGUAUCGCAGAACGACCUCUUCCUCACAGUUAUCGUCG